GCUCUCCCAUCAGUCGGGGUCUGCAGGGGCCUGUGCACCAAUCCAGGAUGAAGCUUCUUUUCGCAGCCGCUUUUGCACUUUUUGUGCUCUCCACCUUUGACACGGCUGACUCCUCAGCUUACGACAAGAUCGUCUCCCACAGUCGCAUCAGGGCCAGGAAAGAAGGACCAAAUGUGUGCGCGCUCCAGCAGGUCAUGGGCACCAAGAAGAAGUACUUCAGUACCUGCCGUAACUGGUACCAGGGCUCCAUCUGCGGAAAGAAAGCGACUGUGCUGUACGAGUGCUGCCCGGGAUACAUGAAGCUGGACGGCAUGCGCGGUUGCCCUGCAGUGGCCCCAAUUGACAACGUUUACGGCACUCUGGGUUUGGUGAAAGCCACCUCGACCCAGAAAUACUCCGACAUGUCCAAGUUGAAGCCGGAGAUCGAGGGAUCGGGAUCGUACACCUUCUUCGCUCCCAGCAAUGAGGCCUGGGAUCUGCUGGAUGAUGACAUGAGGAACGCUCUGGUUAGCAACGUCAACAUUGAACUGUACAACGCUCUGCAUUACCACAUGUCCAACAAACGCCUCCUGACCAAAGACUUAAAGAACGGAAUGACAGUCACCUCCAUGUACAACGACCUUGGCCUUCAUAUCAACCAUUACUCCAAUGGGAUUGUCACCGUGAACUGCGCCAGGAUCAUCCACGGAAACCAAGUGGCCACCAACGGCGUCGUCCAUGUGGUCGACCGCGUCAUCAGCGCCAUCGGUAGAACCAUCCAGGAUGUCAUCGAGGUGGAUGAUGAUCUGUCAACUCUGAGCGACGUGGCUCUGAACGCCGGUCUGAUAGAGAAACUGGGUCAGGCGGGACAUUACACUGUCUUCGCCCCCACCAAUGAGGCCUUCGAGAGACUCGGCAUCGACGUGUUGGAGAGACUUCAGGACGACAAGAAGGUCCUUCAAGCUAUGCUGAAAUACCACAUCCUGGACUCGGUCCAGUGCUCCGAGGCCAUCAUGUCCGGCAGCACAUAUGAGACUCUGGAGGGCAACAAUAUCGUGAUUGGCUGCGACGGCGACAGCUUGACGGUCAACGGUGUGAAGAUGGUGCGGAAGAAGGACAUCGUCACCACCAAUGGCGUCAUCCACCUCAUCGACGAGGUCCUCAUGCCAGACUCAGCCAAACAAGUCGUGGAACUGGUGGGAGACUCUCAGUCCACAUUUGGGAACAUGAUCUCUGAGAUGGGUUUUGCAGCCGCCAUGCGCCCACAGCUGGAGUACACCCUGCUGGCCCCGGUCAACUCUGUCUUCACUGAUGAAGUCAUGACCAUGGACCAGAGAUACCUCAAGCUCAUUCUGGAGAACCACAUCUUGAAGAACAAGAUCACUCUGGGGCAGCUGUACAACGGCCAAAGGCUGGAAACCAUCAUGGGGAAAUGGCUGCGGGUCUUCAUCUACCGCACAGCCGUGUGUAUCGAGAAUGCCUGCCUGAUCCGAGGCAGCAAGGAAGGAAGCAACGGAGCCCUGCACCUCAUGAGGACUCUUUUAAAACCGGCCCAAAAAACCAUGUACGAGAUUCUGAUGGAGCACGGAGGGUUCAAGAUCUUUUUGUCUUUGAUGGAAACUGCUGGACUCACUGAGGUGCUGAGACAGGAGGGGGAUUUCACUCUGUUCGCCCCCAGCGAUAAGGCUUUUGAAGGCCUGAGCACCAGCGACAUGGAGCUGCUGAAGAGUGACGUGAACGCCCUCAGAACCAUCCUCCUGUACCACAUCAAUGGCGGCAUCUUCAUCGGCGGGGGCUUGGAAACCGGGGUCACGAACCUCCUCAAGUCCCUGCAGGGCAGCAACUUGAGAGUGAUCUUUGCCAACAACACCAUGCAGGUGAACUCGGUCCAAGUCCCAGAAUCUGACAUCAUGGCCACGAACGGAGUGGUGCACUUCGUCAAUCGCCUUCUGUAUCCUGCAGAUGUCCCGGUUGGAAACCAGAAUCUCCUCACGCUGCUGAAGAGGCUCAUCCGCUACAUCCAGAUUCAGUACAUCUCCGGAUACAGAUACCAGGAAAUCCCUCUCACCUUCAUCAAGAGGACCGUCACACGAGUCGUCCAGGAAGUUCCUGAGGUCACCAAGGUGACGCGGAUCAUCCAAGGAGAGCCUACCAUCACCAAAGUGACCCGAGUCAUUGAGGGCCAGCCCUCCAUCACCAAAGUGACCCGAGUCAUUGAGGGCCAGCCCGCCAUCACCAAAGUGACCCGAGUCAUCGAAGGAGAGCCGUCCAUCACCAAAGUGACCCGGGUAUUAUCAGGGCCUCAGUACUCGGUCGGCUCAGGAACCACUAACGUAGCCCUGGACGGACACCUCUCGUCUUUCUCCACGCUUGAGGUCAAGCCUGAUUUCAACAGCGAUCGGCUGAGCAAAGUAAUCCACGAGGGUGGUUUGAGACGAAACGCUCCGCGGAGAAUCACAGCAUCCGGCAGCAGAAGACGGGGAAGAGACUGAACGGAGACAGAGAGAGUCGAGAUGUUCUUCACACCUGAGUUCCACCCCAAGUUACAGCAAAACAAACUGACAUGACGUAAAACGGUGCUUUGAAUGUAAAUAGUUGUGCAAUCGUUGACAAUCUCCUGGUGCGGCAAAUGAACUCCCUGGCUCCACUUCAGAGUCGGCGUCGCCGUAAACCAUGUUUUUCAUAUCAAGCCAUUAGCAAUGAGAGCGGAGGUGAAGGUUUCUUUCAAAGACAUUUAUAGCUGUGCGUGGAGCGUUCCUGAAUGUCAGCUCAUUAAAAAGCCCCGCAACAGACCUGCGAUGUGGUUUCCAGGCCUCGACGGUUGUUUGACUUGCUCAGGCUGUCAGCUGUGUCGUGAUCGUGCACAUUUCACGCAUGUGUGUUGUAACUAAGUUCAGUUCUCUCCUUUCUUUUUUUCAAUAAAGUGCAUUCUUUGAUAGAA